AUGAGUUCUACCGUGGUUCGGCCCCAGGCUAGCCUCGGAACCCGCGGGGAGACACGUCGCCUCAUGCGGGAAGUUGAGCGAGCAGCUCGUUACGGUGAGCUUCGUCGUUGGCGGAAAGAGUGGGUGACAAUCGGUAACGUGCGCUGUUACGCCUGGGUGCACAUAACUGAGGAGGAAACGACGAAACCCGAAGAAAACGGCUCUGAGCGCGAGACAGCCGACGAACAAGCGUCAUCGGAAGCAACACCCAUGGACGAUAACCCGCAGGCACGUGCAGCAGAAAGCGUUAUGACUGCGAAUGUUGCGUAUACAUCACAAAAACGACACCGAGAUAUGCUGGAACAGUCCAGUGGCGUCGGUGGCCCUGCAAGACGCGAGCAGAGUCUCUCGUCGUCGGUGUCGUCUACCGUUGGUGGCGACGUUGAUAUAGCUGAAACUGGCGAAACCUCUGCCCAGCUGUCCGAAAGAACUACCACAGGCAACGCUCGGAUCGCUGCAGGUGUAGAGGAGCUCAACAUUGCUUCAGCACCGGAUGCACUGGGAUUCGGUUUACGAUCCGAGACUGCAGUUUCCGGCUUCGACGAUGCCCACCGGCAGCUGCCCGAACACGUCGCCGCGUCAGUGUCCAGCAGUGGACGCUGCCCACGAGUUUCGAGUCAAAGCGAGGUGCCGAGUCCUAACUCGCCUGAGAUGCACCCAAUCGCGGAGAUCAAAUUCGGAGGUAGUUCUGAAUCAGGUGCAAAGGACACUGCGAAUGACGAGCCCAUGCUGCUUGAUGGCGAAUGA